GACUGGUAUAAUUGCGCAGAUAGUGAUAAGUAUAAUGCCCAAUGCAGCUAUAUAGACACAGCUAUGGUUCAUGAAGACACUAGCCAAGGAACGUUCAAAUUGUUCGUUAAGAGAGUCUGGCAAAAGAAUCUCACCGUUGAUGGUCUCCCCCACUUGUUUUGGAAUCCAGGUGGCCCAGGUAUACCAUCGGGUAGCGACCCGGACUCUGGCGUGGAAGCAUUCAGUGACAUGCUCUAUACUUUCACUGGUAAAGAUUAUGCACUGGUUGGGAUAGAUGCUCGCGGGACUGGUUUGUCUGAUCUCAAGGUGGAUUGUGGGAAUGAUCACAGUUCUAUUUUACCAGACACACCCCCUCAAAUAUCAGGAGCUAAGGAAGUGUUAUUCCGCCAACAGCUUGGGGAGUAUUUUGCAUCAGAGACAUCUUAUUUCGCUAAUUGCACUGCUUCGUCUCCUUAUCUUUCCCGCCUGGGCACUUACUUCGUCGCUGACGACUAUAAACACAUCCAAGACAUGCUGGUCGGUCGACAAUCACUUAUUAAUCUCUUUGGUGAGAGUUAUGGUUCAUUUCUCGGUCAGGUUCUUGCUGCUAAAUAUCCUAACCGCGUUGGUAAAUUCGUUCUCAGUGGUAUUAUGUCACCAAAGACACGCUCGUUAAAACCAGCUCUUGAAUCUAUACCUGAUUAUCUAACAUCUACUGAUAAAGUUUUUGAUAAAUUUGUUAGUAGCUGUCAACAAAGUUCGUCAUGUAAUUUCAAGGAUAUCACGAAAGAAUUAGUGGACAAACUCACUGAUAGUGUCUACAAUACCACUAAUGAGGCUAUCUUACAACUUUAUCCUACACGUAGCAAGGUCAUCAAUACUAUCUAUUUGACGAUGUACGCACCUUCUAAUUGGAACUUGGCUUUUGGGGAGAUAUCCAAGACAGCCGCAAUAAUGAACACAAUGGGAGCUGUAACGAAUGAGCAGAUGAAUAAUGCUGUUGCUGCUAUCAAUUGCGCUGAUGCAUUCAUAACGGAUUUCUCAAUUGAUGAUGCUAUUAACGCAAUGAAAGGUGUCUAUAAUAAUGUUAGUCGUCGUUUUUACAAUCAAUUCCUCUAUCAAUCUGCAUUCACAUGUCACCUUUAUCCAAGAGCAACAUUUACAGAGGAGCGUAUUACUAAUUUCAGUGGUUUAGCUUUGUCAAAUAAAAUUUUAUUCCUCUCGAAUGCUUUCGAUCCGAUACUCCCAUUGGCGCAAGCUCAAGAAACAGUGAAGAUUCUAGGUGAUGAUAAUGCUAUGCUUCUCCAGAUAGAUAAUGGUUACGGACAUACAGCCACCCCCAACGGGGUCAUCCCAGAUACAGAUGGUUGCAUUCAAGAUCGCCUUAGAGCUUAUUUCAAUGGUGAGAACAAUCAAGACGUAUACAAGUGUAUAGUCAACGACCAAUAUUAUAUUGAUUUAUACAAUUAGAUUCCUUUUUGAUUCCUGAUUUAACGCAUGUAGUCAACUAUUAUACCAGCUGCGACAGUCUGUCCUUCGUGUCUGAGUAGAAUGCGUCCCAUGUCUUUGUUGUCCGUGAACUUCUCUACUGGGAUGCUGUUAUUUGAUGGUGUAUUGCUGCCAGAUUGUGAUGUCAGCGACUGUGAUCCUAUUGACAUUUCGACUCUUGCAGCUGAGUUACCAGUC